UGCUUCUUUUAUUGACUCUAUUAUUAGAGCAUCUUCUUCCUCCCGAUCGAACGCACUCAUCGGCAUGGCUUCCAGAAAUCCAGAUCCAAAUAGCGACGACCUCCGGCUCCGAUCUUGAGAGAGGAGGCAGCUGGACACCCUCAACACAGAGGAGGUGAUCCAGCUUGUCGACGGAAUUGGCGUCGGCGACGCUAACCAGUACUGCCGGUGAUGUCGUUGACGCCCAUUGAUACAGCCCACGUCGAUGCCGAUCACGAGGGUGGGCGACUAUCACGAUGAAGACACGAAGCCUAAGCGCGCUGCUCGGCCCCCAGGAUGCCGAUGUCAUCCCAGUGGCCAGGGUGGGCAACUGCCCGCUCCGGUCCUCCUCGUGCCAUGGCAACAACGACGGGAGAGGAGGCUUCCAGUUCCAGCACGAGGAGAUCGGCAGCUUCAGCCUCACCAUUCUCUUGCCGGAGACCCGGACAACAUCACGCACGCGCGUCGCCGGGAGUCCGGGGCCACGGGCUACGUCGCUGCUGAGCGUGGCACGGAACGGGGGUUGUCGCCGCCGAGUGCUCCAUCCUCCAUGUAGGCGAGGAGCUGCUGCCCACGGCGAACGGCAGGGUGUAUCUUCCGUGCCCGACUCCAUGUCGACACACGACGGCGAAGAGGUGUGGGUCGAGGAUGCCAAGACCGAUGAUGAGAGAAGACCGAUGCCGGCGUGCCAGCUGACUCCGCUUCCUCCUCCGCACAGGUGUAUGUGAGGCGUGGAGCUCAAUUACUAUAUCAACAAAAGAAGAAGAAAAAUGAAGAUACCUGUAUGUGGUGGCCGUGGAGACGGUACUCGUGCAUGACCCAGUCGGUCCGCGUGCCGCUAGGCGCUUUGCCAUUGUGGAACACAAGCGUCUUCUUCAUGCCGACGACGAUGCCGUUGUGCAUGACAGGGCGGUCCUUCCCGGUGGACUUCCAGAACCCUCUGGGCGUCGCCCGUUCCAUGCGAAGCCCGGUUGGGUACUUCCGCCCCCUCGGCGCGAACAUGUACCACUCAACUUUGGCCCCAGGGUCGCCUGUGCUCGGUGAGAAUGAAAUGCCUGUGCGCUCAUGCAGGUGAAAACACAUGUCAGUUGACAUAUACUAUACUUGACUUGGAAAGAAAAAUCAACUUAAUUGCUGCUAGCUAGUAAAAUGUAAAAGGAAAUCAAGUAAAUUUUCAUAUAUAUUGCGGCGAUCUUCCGUACAAAACAGGCCUAAAUUCAACUGAUGCGGUUUUUCUUUUUGUGUGAGGUGUAACCUCCUUUUCAAAAAAAAAGGGUUAGUUUGUUAUGAAAAGAUUGGUGCUCCGAAAUGGUGAAAAACAUCAUGAAAAUCAAGUUAACACCGCAGCGAUCUCUUUCCGCAAAA